GAUUGAUUGUUUUUGCAGCAGGUGCACGCCCACUUAAAAGUCUUCCAUAUGCUGUGACAGCUGGAGCUAACGUGCACUAUACCCUUUAUGUUUGCAGUACUUGUUCAGUACAGUCACGUUGGCUUGCAGAACCCUAAACACACUUCAUUCUUACUGGGCUGUUCUUGUUGUGUGUUCCAGCUCAGCAGGUUGUUGUAUUUAGCUCCCCGCUGCUGGAGCAUUGAGAACUGUGGGGAUAAUGUUGAUUUGCAUGUAAUUCACCUUUUUUGAAAAAACCUUUUGAUUUUCAAGCUUCCCUCUUUCAAACACGGAGACGUCGUCGUGAACGAGUCCUACGCCGUCUGUUUCUACCUGGAGAGUCAGUUUAAGUCUGAGGGAAAUCAACUGAUCCCAGACAGCCCUGCCGAACAGGCCCUGAUGUACCAACGCAUGUUUGAGGGUCUCUCCUACGAAAAACUCAAUGCAGUUAUCUACUAUGAGUGGUUUGUCCCUGAAGAAGAGAGGCAUGACUCUGCUCUAAAGAGAAACAGGGAAGCUCUGGCCACUGAGCUCAAGCUCUGGGAGGGUUACCUGCAGAAGCUGAGCUCGGGCUCUCACCUGGCAGGACAGUCCUUCUCUCUGGCAGAUGUGACCGUCUUUCCAACUGUUGCUACUCUCUUCAGAUUCGGAUUGUCUGCCGAGCGUUACCCGAAACUGGGAGAGUACCACGCUCUGCUGAAGGAGCGGCCCGGCAUCAAAGCCAGCUGGCCUCCUCACUGGCUGGAGAACCCCGAGGGACAAGACGCACUCAAAGACGUCUGAGGGUCACGGACUUUACAGCCGAGUCUCCCUGUACUGUUUUGGUUUCCAUAAAAAAUGCUUUUGGUCAACAUAGUUCCAGCUCACACGUUGUCAAAUGUGAUAACGCUCUUUUAGUUAUUUCUGCUAAUGAAUAGGAGAAAAAGUGUUCAGAUUACCAGUCCUGAGUGUUCCUGUUGCAGCAACAGAAAUGUGCUUGUUGUCAAACUCGCCUUUUUAAAAAAAAUUUAGUUUGAAGGUUUUUGCCAGUCAUGUUUCUGUCAAAGCUUUGCCAAUAAAUCAGUUGAUAAACACCGGCUGCAUUACACUGCAGCAUGUGAUGUUUGCAGAGGAACAGGCCAACAUUCUAAUUGUGGUGGUGCUGACGAGGCAGUUUUUGUUGCUUAGAUUCAUGUUGUGUGUACUGAACAUGAAUGUAUGUUGUCUAAUACAUAGAAGCUACUAAAACAGCAGUUCAAAUGCGU